UAGGCGGGACUUCCUAACAAAUCAAGCAUCGCGGCCUCUACUGAAGGGCACUCUUCUCGUUCUGUCUGCACAGGGGUCGAGCUGAUAAAGGACCAUUAACCAUCAAUAAUGGGGGGACACGACGCAGGAUCCCAGCACCAGUUCACUGGGUUUGCAAAGUACUUCAAUGCAUACACAAUCACAGGAAGGAGGAAUUGUGUUUUGGCCACAUAUGCCAGCAUACUAGCCAUUGGCCUUUUCUUCAAAUUGAAGCCCAAGAAACAGGCCGCUGUCACUGAAAAGUGAUCAUGUGUCCAUUUAGGUCGUUUCUAACAGCUGGUAGAGGAGGAAGCAUCUGGACAUGCUUGUAAAAAAAAUAUGACUGUUUGGUUUCCCCAUGUAAACAAUAAAGAACAUUUAUGCCCAAA